CCUAGCCGCUACUUUUAACACUUUUCAACACUACGCCAGGGUUUUGUUUCUGUGUGUCAUUGUAAAUUUUUGUGUAAAUACACGAAAACUAUAGACGAAUACAUUGUUUGCAAGCACAACGCAGGCAACAUGAGCGACGUGCAGACUCUGAUGGAUAUGGGUUUUCCCCGGGAGCGCGUAGAAUACGCUCUGCAGGUCACCAGCAACAAGGGAGUGGAACCGGCCAUGGAAUGGUUGCUGGCCCACGGCGACGAGGAGAUACCACGUCAAAAUACAGGCGACUCUAAGGGUUCGGGUACCGGGGUGGUUCCCCCAACUUCUAACGACGACGCGGCGGCCUCAGCAGCUCCCAGCAGUAGUGGCGGUGCCGAAGCCGCUUCCAGUUCCCUGGUAGCCAAAUCCCUGAAGUGCGACGAUUGCGGCAAGGUGCUUAAGGAUCACACAGAAGUGGAGUAUCAUGCCGCCAAGACCGGCCACAGCAACUUCUCCGAGUCCACGGAGGAGAAAAAGGCCCUCACCGAGGAGGAGAAGAAGGCCCAGCUCGCUCUCAUCGAAGAAAAGCUCAAGCAAAAGCGCAUCGAACGCGAGGAGCGCGAGAUGGAUGCUCUGGAACGGGAGAAGAAUCGCAUCAAGUCCGGCAAGGAUAUGACAGAGGCCAAGCGCCGCAUGGAGGAGCUGGAAAUGAAAAAAAUCGUGGAGCAGCGCAAGCGUGAGAAGGACGAGGAGAAGGCGGCUCGCGACCGGGUGAGGGCUCAAAUCGAAGCAGAUAAGGCGGCACGCAAGGCCAGAGAACAAAAGGAAGCGGGCAUUUCUGAGCCAGCACCCUCGGUUAGCUCCACCACGGCCAGUUCGCCGGCUCCGGCUGUGACAUCUCCGCAGCGCGUUUACACGGAAACCCGUAUUCAGGUGCGUUUGCAGGAUGGCUCCACGCUCCAGGAGACCUUCAAUAUCAAGGAACAGCUAUCGGCCGUGCGUGUGUUCAUCCAGGUCAAGACCGGCAUUGAAACACCAUUCUCUCUGAUGACCACCUUUCCGCGCCAACUGUUUGCCGAGGAGGACUAUGAGAAGCCGCUGGAGGUGCUCGGCUUGGUCCCAUCCGCUGUCAUUACCAUGACCAAGACGGCUGCAUAGGACGUUGGGAAUACCAGGGAAUCUCCCUACUUCUAUCUUUACGACUAAUCGGAACUAGAAACUAAAACAACUAAAAAACGCGGCGCGAUAUUCCCCAAAAAACAUUAAAUGUACGGU